UUGGGUAUAAAAGGCGCAGUUUGCGUUUGUUGGAGUAUCAUUGAAAUCAACGAACAUGUCCAUCAAAUUCUCUUUAGUGUUUCUUGCGUUCUUCGCAUGUCAGGGAGUUUUUGCUUCCGCUACCGAGGUGAGCGCCUUUGGAAUCGGCGAGCAGAUCGAGAAGGCCUUAAAAAUGUUGAAGAUCGUCAUCCAAGAAGCUAUAGAUAAAGCCGUCGAAGGUCUGAACAACUUAUUGGAAAAGAUCAUAGGUGACGGAACUUUUUUAAUUGAGCAGAUCAAAUAUACUAUUUAUAAGAUAGUUGAAGAUGUUAAGCAUCAAAUACAGAAGCUGGUAGAAGAAACCGGUGUCGAUGUGAAUGAAUGCGUGAAGGACUUGGACAAAGACCUGGAGAAGUUAGUCAAGGGUCUGCUCGAAUCAGCUGUGAAAUGCGUUACGGAUAAGGUCGAUGAGGCGACUGAAAUCAUCGAUGAGGCUAUCAAGGAGAUCAAAGAUUACGUGAAAAUCAUCGACGGUUUUGAGAAGAAAAAGGAGAAGUGCGGAACCGGAUUAGGAGCAAUCAAAUGUUUGGGAGAAGUCCUGUCCGACGUGAUCAAAGCAACGACCGCCUUGCCGGUGGAAAUCUCGAAAAAGGUAGCUGAUAUCACCGCACUCAUCGCAGGUUUGAAAACUGCAAUGAUUCAGUGCGCCACGACCGUUGGUAUUGAAGCUGCAGGAGAAGCAGCAUCCAUCGUCAUUGACGUAGAUGAAUGCAUCGCCAAUAAAAUCAAGGAUUCACAAUAAUCUAUUACUGAAUCUAUUAAAAAUAUUAUGACCUUGUUAAAUUACAUAUUAAUAAAUCGAGCAUUUUUCAACACUUAA